AUGCCGGGCUCUCCCGCCUCCUCCUGGGCUGUCUACAGGGCCAGGAUCAACAGCUUGGUCAAGCAUCCCAACAUGAGGGUCGUUGUCGCCUUCUGGCUCCUUGGCCUCAUCAACAAUGUCCUCUACGUCAUCAUCCUCUCCGCCGCCCAGGACCUCGUCGGCUCCCUCCCGAAAGGCGUCGUCCUCCUCGCUGAUGUCGUCCCGUCCUUCUUCACCAAGCUCAUUGCGCCGUACUUUAUCCAUCGCAUACCGUACCCGAUACGAGUCCUCAUCUUCAUUGCGCUAUCCGCGGGCGGCAUGCUCAUGAUUGCUCUUACACCGCCGUCCGAGUCGGUGCCGGUCAAGAUGGUCGGAGUGGUCCUGGCCAGUCUGAGCAGCGGCGGCGGCGAGCUCAGCUUCCUGGGACUGUCUCAUUACUACGGACAUGUGAGCUUGGCCGGCUGGGGAUCCGGGACUGGUGCAGCAGGUCUGGUUGGUGCAGGGUUGUAUGUCUUGUUGACGGAAUGGUGGGGGUUCACCGUGCAGCAGAGCCUGCUCUUCUCGGCCUGUCUGCCCGCCAUCAUGUUCAUCAGCUUCUUCUUCAUCCUCCCCUUGGAGCCACUGCGUCAAGGCAAGAAAUACGAUGCCAUUCCCGGGGGAGAUGUGGAUGAUGAAGUGGACGCGGGACAGGCGGAGCAGGACCUGGCAGAGAGCACUUCCGCUCUGCUUGCACCAGAGCCAUCUGUCCUGUCAGCAAACACUGCGUAUGCGAUGAGUCGGGCUGAGUCGCACAAUACGCUCCAGAGCAACCUGCGGAGAGCCAAGGCGCUCUUCAUCCCGUACAUGGCGCCCUUGCUGCUGGUGUACGUGGCCGAGUACACCAUCAACCAGGGCGUGUCGCCCACGCUCCUCUUUCCCCUCGAAUCCUCGCCUUUCACCGAAUAUCGUGAAUUCUACCCCUUCUACGGGUUCCUCUACCAGAUCGGCGUCUUCAUCUCGCGAUCUUCUACAGCCUUUAUCCGCAUCCACCACUUAUACCUGCCGUCUUUGCUCCAGGUCGGAAACCUUGUCCUACUAACGCUGCAUGCCAUGUUCUUCUUCAUUCCCUCCGUCUGGAUCGUGUUCAUCAUCAUCUUCUGGGAGGGCCUCCUAGGCGGCGCCGUCUACGUGAACUGCUUUGCUGAAAUCAUGGAAAACGUGCCGGCAGAGGAGCGUGAGUUCAGUCUCAGCGCCACGACGGUGAGUGACAGCGGAGGCAUUUGCAUUGCGGGCUUGAUCAGCAUCGUGAUGGAGACGAGUCUGUGCGACUACCAGGUUGCCCAUGGGCGCGACUGGUGCCGGAGGGUGAGCAUUUCGCGGGGUUGA